GGUGUUGCUAGUCGGUGCCAUGACUUAAAUAACAUGCCCAUUCCCGAGAUUCUCGGAGCCUAUAGCUUGCAGUGAAUUGUGACCACUUGAGCAUUGUCAUGGCGGCAAACGAUCCGAGUUUCGCACCCCUCAGUGCAUUGACCAAGAAGACCACAGAGGGUGCGGUAGAUAUUUCCCCCGGGGAGAUCCUGGAGACAACGGACGAGAUCGACGACAAGUACGAAACUACGAAGAAGGAGCUUUGGGCAUAUUACUGCUACUAUGUUGGCGACAAUGGGCUCACCCUGUUCAAUUUCGCUCCUACCGCAUUUCAAAACCUCGUGUACGCAGCAUCCGGAGAUGCAGAAAUGCUGCAUUUCCUAGGCAGAACUCGCACAGUCAACAGUAUUGUCUUGCUGUGCAACGGAAUUAGUUUUGCCAUUCAGAUCCUUGUUUUUCUCUUACUUGGCUCUUUUGCCGAUUUCGGAACAUGGAGACCCAACAUCCUCAUUGGUCUUUCCAUUGUCGCUUUCGGGAUAGGAUUUGGCUGGUUGGGCGUUCAUACUCAAGAAGACUGGCAGAUCGGCGCAGGCUUAUAUAUCGUCGGGCUGAUUGCAUACCAAACGACCAUCACUUUCUGGACGGCCGCGUUCCCCGGUUUAGCAAGGAACACUAAGGACAUACUUACGAAGGCUAAGCAGCUGGCUGAAGGCACUAUCACCCGCGACGAGUACGAAUUCGCGGACAUGAUGAAGAGGAACGAGAUCUCAAAUACUGCCUUCUAUGUCCAAUCAGUUGUUGAGGUGUUCAUUCUGGCAGUCAUCGUUGGCAUUAUGUUCGGUCUCCGCGUCAACGAUAGUGCAGAGAACAAUAAUUGGGGGCUCUCGGUCCUCAUAGCUUUCGCGACUGGAGUCUGGGUACUAUGCGCUAUCCCGUGGUUUGCGUUCGAGAAGAGACGACCAGGCCAAAUUCCACAGACCAAUGUUGUGUUAGCGGGCAUCAAACAGUUAAACUAUGCCCUUGCUCAGAUUUGGCAGCUACGACAGAGCUUAGCCUACUUGAUUGGGUACUUCCUCCUCGGCGACAGUCUCAACACUACGGUUACUGUUAUCGGCACACUUCAGAACGAGAUCGUCGCGUUCAACAGUCUUCAACUAACGUACCUUCUUAUUGUUGGUAUUGCUGCACAGGCAAUUGGAAUUGGUGCUUUUUGGCGCAUCCAGAAGCACUACCAACUCUCGACUAAAACCAUGUUUAUGGCUAUUGCUGUCAGUAUUGUCCUCCUUGAUGGAUGGGGUCUGAUAGGUAUCUGGUCUCAGACCUUUGGGUUUCACCAAAGGUGGGAGGUAUGGGCCUACCAGACAUUCUAUGGGCUUCUAGUCUGUCCAUGGUACAGUUAUUCCCAAACGAUGAUAAGUGAGGUAACACCACAGGGCAAAGAGUUUCUAUUUUUCAGUCUUUUCUCUAUCAUUGGCAAAACAAGUGCCUUUAUUGGCCCGCUUGUUAGCAGCGCCAUCAUUGAUAGGACGGGCAACAACAGCAGCCCAUUCUACUUCUUGUUCUCACUCAGCGUAGCAAGUUGUGCCUGGCUGUACUUCUUCGUAGACAUAGGGAAGAGCAAGACGGAGCAGCGUGUCUUCUUGGAGAAAGAGAUAAAUCUGAGGUCGUCAAACGUGUCGGAGGAACGAGCAACGGCGUGAUUAUCUCGUUGCUAGACAUUGGCGCUUGGCGAAGUAGGAACUUCCAGUAAGGAGGAGGCAAGGGCACACACUAUCAUAGCUAAAGAAGAAGUCGAGGACGCCUCGCGUCAAAUUAUGUCG